AACUACAAUCAGCUAAGUGACCUGCAUGCCUGCGAACUACAGCUCCCAGGACCACCAGCAUUCUUGACAUGCGCCUUAUGCGUUUCGUGCCAUUUAAAUGUAUUUUCAAAAUGGCGGCUCAGGACAGUGUGGUCCGUGUAAAACAAGUUGAAGAAAAAGCAAGAGACAGUCUGGAUAAAUUUAAUAAAGAGAAGAAGAAAAAGAAAAAAAGGUCCUGUUCUCCGAAUGUGGAGCGGGAGAAAACUGAGAAAGAAGUCAAAAAGGCGAAGCUACACCACCACCAUCAUCAUCAUCACCAUCAUCACUUACAACAACAACAACAACAACAACAACAGAGCCAGCAGCAACACCACCAUCGCAACUCCUCGCAGUCCGAGUACUACCAUAACAACAGCAAGAAAGAGACUCUCGUGCAGGGCUCCCCGAGAAAGGUGCCCCAGGUAGCGGUGGACAAGACACAGACUCAAACUCAAACACACUUACAGCAUCAGCCCAAGACGCAGAAAGUGCUCCCCCCAGCAGCUCCGGCUCUGUUUACCUUCUCUCCGCUCAAACUGCCCAAAGUGAAGCCAGUCCACGGCAAGGAGAAGCAUGAUCGCAACAGGGAGAAAGAGAGGAAGUACAAAGUGAAGAAAGAGAACAGCGAGGUUAACGCGAAGGAUGCCGUGAACAAAAUAAAGAAAGAGCCUCCUGAUGAAAACAGCAAAACGCAAGCAGCAGAUGAGUACCCGAUAAAGAAGAUGAAGAAGAAAAAGAAGAAAAAACACAGAGAGGACGAGCGAGGCAAGCGGGUCAAGAUGUACAACAAGGAGGUGCAGACGGUGUGCACUGGCCUCGCCUGCCUGGCCCCUGACGCGCUGCUGGAUGGGCUAGCUGAUGAUUCUGCACUCAAAUACCUUAAAAAAGAGCAACUCUGCCAGACCACCGUGGGCACAGCCGGGUUCCGGACGCCCAGCGGGGUGCAGAUACCCUACCUGUCCCACCACGACCAUUCCAUCCGCAGCACCUGCUUACAGACGGGCACCAAGUACGGGCGCUUCAUCCACGAGGAGCACCAGCCCAACGGAGGGGCUUCUGUGCUCCAUGCUUACAUGGACGAACUCUCAUUCCUGUCUCCCGUGGAGAUGGAGCGCUUCGCAGAGGAGUUCUUGAGGCUGACGUUCAGUGAAAGCCAGAAGAGUGCAGCUAAGUACGCCCUGGCCAUUGUGCAUGGGGCCGCUGCCUUCCUGCCAGACUUCUUGGAUUACUUCGCUUUCAACUUCCCCAGCACUCCGGUCAAAAUGGAGAUCCUUGGCAAGAAGGACAUUGAAACAACCAGUAUCACAAAUUUUCAUUCUCAGGUUAAUCGGACGUACUGCUCUGGGACGUACCGGGCUGGUGCCAUGAGGCAGAUCAGCCUCGUCGGAGCUGUGGAUGAAGAGGUCGGGGAUUACUUUCCAGAGUUCCUUGAUAUGCUGGAAGAAUCCCCCUUUUUGAAGAUGACACUACCAUGGGGCAGUCUGUCCAGCCUUCAGCUGCAGUGCAGGUCUCAGAGUGACGAUGGACCCAUUAUGUGGGUGAGGCCAGGGGAACAGAUGAUCCCAACAGCAGACAUGCCAAAGUCCCCCUUUAAACGACGACGGUCGAUGAAUGAAAUAAAGAACCUGCAUUACUUGCCUCGAGCCAGCGAGCCCCGUGAGGUCCUGUUUGAAGACCGGACUCGGGCCCAUGCAGAUCACGUGGGACAAGGGUUUGACUGGCAGAGCACAGCUGCGGUGGGAGUCCUGAAGGCUGUGCAGUGUGGAGAAUGGAGCGACCGACCUCGAAUAACCAAAGAUGUGGUUUGUUUCCAUGCAGAAGAUUUUACUGAUGUCGUACAGAGAUUACAACUAGACUUGUACGAACCACCUGUGUCCCAGUGUGUUCAGUGGGUGGAUGAUGCAAAACUAAACCAGUUGAGAAGGGAAGGCAUCCGCUACUCCAGGAUCCAGUUGUACGAUGAUGACAUUUACUUCAUACCCCGAAAUGUCAUCCACCAGUUCAAAACUGUGUCUGCUGUGUGCAGCCUGGCAUGGCACAUACGACUCAAGCAAUAUCACCCUGAGAGCGAGAGCUCCUCCAGCACGGAAUGUAAAAACAACUGUACGGGAUGCAGUGAGCCUAAAGAAACCAAGACCAAAGUGUCGUGCCCUGCGUCAAAACCAGAGCCUGAAGCUGUGGACGUAAAAUACCUUUUUUCUGUUCCUAAGCCACGGGUACAGAAACCAGUAACCCCACAGCAGUCCACAGCAACAGCGAAGGCCUACAAUCAACCAGUAAUGGCCCUGAAACCAACAGCAGCUCCUCCUGUGUUAUUGCAGACAGAAACAUCAACCAGUAAUGGCCCCCAAACCAGCAGCAGCUCCUCCUGUGGUAUUGCAGCCAGAAACUUUGUCGCCGACAGUGCCUUCCCAUGACCUAGACUCUCAUCCACGACACCUUAAAGCCUGCCUCCAACACUGUACACAGCAGAUUGCUUAUAGCCUGCCUCCAACACUGUGCACAGCAGCUUGCUUAUAGCCUGCCUCCAACACUGUGCACAGCAGCUUGCUUAUAGCCUGCCUCCAACACUGUGCACAGCAGCUUGCUUUCAGUCAUGUUGUUUAUGUGAGAUUUUAUUGGGGGGUGGGCAUAUUUAAAGAUAAAUAAUUGUUAGGGGUUCUGCAGUGAUGAAAUUUCAUAAGCAUGUGGCCCUUUUUAUACAGAUAUAUAGAGAACUCGGCUCAGACUUCCAUGCAGAAAUGAAAGGUCCUGUAUUUUCAAAUUGAAGGCUCGAGCCUGACCAAGAUUUUGUAGAAUGUAGCACCCACUUCAUGGGAGAAUGUUUGAAUAGAUUGUUUCAGAUUGCAUGAAGUCUAAUCAAGAGUUUUCAGUAUACUUGUAAUACUAAGUAAAAUGAAAGCUAAAGCCAUUGGUCAGAGACACUGGUUUUACAUUGGUAGGAUCAUGCACUGAAAGUGUUGAAGUAUUUAUAGUCUUAUCUUCACCAGUCCCUAUGCAAUGUAAAUAUGUUAUACCGUAUAAAACGUACAUAGAAUACAGGCAGCAUUUUUUUCUGAACAAAGCAUGUCCUGAUUGAAUGACUUGUGUUUUCACGUUGUGAAACUUACCUGGAUUCAAAGGGGUGGCAUUUGGCUUAGGAGGUCGCACCAACUUUGUUAUUACUUCUAAUUAUAUAUUAGAAAUGAUUAUCUGUGUAAACGGCCAAAGCUGGAUGAAGAAGAGCACUUACAUGGGAACUGUAAAUAAUGACUAAAAUAUCUUUUAUCAUCCUGGACUUUUCUGCCUUUUAUAUUAUAAUAAUAAUAAUAAUAAUAAUAAUAAUAAUAAUAAUAAUAAUAAUAAUAAUAAUAAUGUUAGGGUUUUUUUAUUAUUAUUAUUUCCUACAGCUUCAAAAGGUUUCACACUGUAUAUUCUGCUUCCCAGCAAUAUUUUUAUUUGUUUCAUUUUGUGUUUGUAAAGUUCCAUAUUUGAUAUCUAUGUUAGUGUUUUUGAUGUUGAAUUCAUGAUAAAGGGGUUUUUCAUGUGAAUCAUUUACACUGCUCUGGUUUAACAUGCAUUGAAAGUUAUUGGUUUUGCACAUUUAUAAGGUGUUAUGACCCAUUUUGCUUGGAGUUAUAGAGAAACCCUCUGAAAACCGCUUGAUCUUUUUUUUUUCUUUUAUUUAAAAAUGAGAUGCUUUCUAGUAAAAUUAGAAGCUUUUUAUCCCACCAACACAGUUUGGGGACAAAUUUGACACUGGAGCAAAAGCUUAGUAAAUCCAGCCCUUACGGCAGGUUUCACAGACCCAAGUUACCCGCAAACCCUAAUCUUGGACUAUUAUUUUUAUUAUUAUUUAUUUCUUAGCAGACACCCUUAUCCAGGUUUAUCCCUUAAACUAAGGUUUCACAGACCCCAAUUAGCACUAGUCUUGGACAACUUUAUUUAAGGUAAUAUUAGGAAGUCCAAGGUUAGUGCCACUCUGAGCCUGUGAACCCAUAGUUUAAUGUUAUUUUAGGUAAAAUGGUCCAAGGUAAAUGCUAAUUAAGGGCUGUGAAACAAGACUGGUGUUUGAAGUUAAACAAGAAAAUGCCCUCUAGUGGCAGAACAAGGGACUACAUGUUGAUACGAGCAGCGGAAGAGCAGCGUGUUUUUUUAAUGGAAGCUUCCUGUACUUGAAACAUCGUGUAGAUUAAUGUUCACAUAUAUUUGUUUAAUUUGAAAUGAUAAAAAUGUAUAUAGUUUCCUAUUUCAGUAAACUCUCAUGUUGACCCACAGAUUGCGUUAGUUGUUUUAGGUGUAUGUUUAGAAAAUGGAUAAGUUAUUGUUGAAGGCAAAAAAUAGAAACUCACUUGUGCUAAAAUGUGUAGUAACACUUUUUGUUGUAGAGAUCUUACAAAGAAUAAACUGUAAACUAGUAUUUUUAAUAAUGCAAUUGUAAUGCCUGUUUUCACAGACCUAAUUAGCUCCAGUCUAGAUUGCCUACUUUUUCAGGUAAUGUAGUUCAAGACUCCUGCUUAUUAAGGGCUGUGAAAUCAUCAGUUUAGUAUGUGUUCUGGAUCUCUCUGAAUCGCACAUUUUGUUUGUGCAAUGACAGUUUAGAUCAGUUUACAGCCUGGUAGAAUUAUGGAACAACAUCGCCGACAUUUUUGCACAGGGACAUUUUAAAGUAUCUAGUUUUUAAUCACUUGUUUGAUUCCUGAUCAUAGCUUAAAGGUUAGCUAUAUGACAUUUCUGAGUUUGUGUAGCCUUGCAUUUCUUGUCUUUUGUUCACUAGUGAAACAAUGGAAGCCUGAAUUAAUUUUUAAAGGUUUCAUAUGAUGAAAAAACAAAGAAAUUAUCAUUCAAUUAAACACAAAUAUCCCCUAAUGACACUUUAACGUGCAUGUUCCAAAUUUAUUUAAUAAAGAAACCUGAUGAGUUUGAAUACAUUGCUAAUCAAGAUAUUCUACGUAAUUGUGUGCUAUUAUAUAUGUAGUAAAAUUGUAAUGUUAUCAAAAAAUGGUACGCUGUUUCUGUAUUUUGCACAUGCACUUUGUGUUGUAUUUCCAUCAAUUAGAAUGGACAACUCUCUCUCUCUCUCUCUAUACAUAUACAUAUACAUAUACAUAUACAUACACAUACAUACAUACAGGGUGAUUAGAAAGUAAGUUUACCACAUCAACGCACCAUAUUAUUGAUGUGGUAACCUUACUUUCUAAUCACCAUAUAUAUAGAUAUAUCAUUUUUAUUUUUAUUUUUGCCUGGAUUAAACCUCACAGUAAAACAUGGACUCAGCCUGUCCCAGACGAGAAUCAAAUAAAUUGGCAGCUAGUCUGACACUUUUUCUUGUUUUGUUGUGUUUAAUGUAUUUGUUUGCCUGGAGGACGGUGUGGAUUGUGUAGCUCUCAUUUCAAUAGCAUCUCUUAUUACUGUCUGAGCACAAAGGGUUUCCUUUUUCUUUUUAAUAAUAGCACAAUGUGUUGCGAUCAGCAGAUGAUAUAGUUAACCCUUUUUGUGAAAUAUCUCUUUUGCAGUUGAUUUAGUAGGAUACUGUACAUGUGUGUUGAUGUGUAAUAAUAAUUGAUAAUGAUAAUGUAGAAUGCAUAGACAUUUUUCUGUAUUUUUAUAAAUAAAGAGAAAAACUGUU